CCCACAACGACGAAACUGACGAUGGCAAUGAUGUUGCCGGUGGUGCACAGCUGAGUUCCGGCGCCCUGCAUGCCACAACAUGGCAGGCCGGACUUGUAACCAAGCUGCUGGCGCUAGUUGAUGUGCGCACAAACCAGCAAGGAGACGCCGAUACGGCAGCCGCAAUGAACGGUACCAGUCACAGGUCAGCAGAAGCAUCAGCGGCAUGUGCGCCUGCGGUCACGGAGCACAACCCCGCUGUUGCGCUGGCGUACUUGACACGGCUGCAUGACUGGCUCAUCAGACGAAUUAAGCGCCACAUUGACGCUGUGCUGGCGGAGUCGAGCCAUGCGGCCACGCCCGCAACCGCUGGCACCCAGGCAGCGACAUCAAGUGGUGCGCACCGCUUCUGUUUAGAGGACGGUGCCGCGUUCAUCUCCCUGCUCCUACAGAUCACAUGCACAGACGCUGCUGCGUUUCGCCGCUGGCGUGGCGAACGCAGUCCCCAGGCGCGCACGACCGUCCCGCACGACCCGGCGCUGCACGCCAUCACAGCCUACCUCCGGCGUGGGCCCCCUGUCGCAUGCCACCUGCAAGAGCUUGCCUCGGUUGUGUGCGAUUUGACGGCGAAGGUUGUCAGGUUGGAGGCCGAGGUGUCUGGCGGGGAUCCAGACAGCGCUCUUCUCGAAGACGAUGAAUUCGCGCGGUCUGAUCCCAGGCAGCAGGCGGUGCGGCUGAGCAGCGAAAAUCGCCACCUCAUUGCCAGCCAUCUCGCCCCGCGCCACACCACGGAGCGCACACAGGCCCUCUGCCUGGAUGUUGUGCACUGCUGGCGCGUCAUCGCGCGUCGUGUCGCCACAACGUCGUCGCCGCCGCCACGAUCGCCAUUGGCCGCAAACGCGGGUGGCGCUGGCGUGGUGUGUGAUAUUGGCGCGGAUUUGCUCCUUGGCGAUGCCGUCUUUGGUGAUGUCAGCUGCCCUGCCCUGAUCGCGCUGGCAGCCUGCCAGUCGCUGGCGCAGGUGCCCCCGCUCGACCCACGCAUUCGUGUGCACGCGCACCAGCAAGUGUUGCGUGUGCUUGCCCAUCCAGAGGUCGCCUCCAACGCCCUGCAACAUGACGAGGCAUUCCCUCUCCCGGCGUGCUUCAACACGGUGCUCGAUGUCAUCACACGCGUCGCCCCGCCACUCAUCGCUGCCAUCAUCAACAGCGCUUCACCCUCCAGCGCUUCCACCUUCAUCUCAACGCCGACCCCCUCAGCGGCAGGACCAGGGGCGCAAGAUCCGCUGCACGACCGCAUGCUGCAGCAGCUGCAGGGUGACAUCUCCCUCGAGCACGUCCGCACCGGCUUCCUCACGCGUGUCUGGCGCAUGGCUGUCCCGUACGUGUUUCCGCGCGAGCUGAAAUCGGACCUGGACGUGUCCCAGCGCAUGGCUGUUGCAAACCUCAUCGUGGCUGUCGUCGCCGUCUCACCAGCACCAGCACUGCGCAGCCUCGUCUUACCCAGCACCACCAUCGGCGCUCCACAGCUGGCAGGCAAUGGCAAUGGCAAUGGCAGUGGCAGUGGCAGUGGCAGUGGUGGUGGUGGUGGUGGUCAAGGUGACCGGAUCAAGACAGCGCUGGUGGAGGUCAUGGCGCUGACACGCGAUCGCCACCACCUGUGCCGCAUCCACAUGGCCCGCGUCCUCCCGCUCCUGAUGCGAGGCAUCACCUCAACGGCGCCUGCAUUGUGUGUGCCUGCAUUCGAUGCGCUCAUGACCGUUAUCACCCCUCUCUUCAACUCUUUCCUGCGCGGUGGCACUGAUGAUGAUGUUGAUGAUGAUGAUGAUGUUGUUGAUGAGCAAGAGGAGGAUCCGUACGUCCAUCACAUUAUGGAGUUGCCGGAUGACCACGACUACUCAUCCGAGCUGCAGGCGCAGUUCAAUACCAGUCUCCUCGUUGUCGCAGAGAUUUUCCCGGUCUUUCCAGAGAUGCAACCGCGCCUGGCGUACCUGCUGGCAGUAUGCGCGUUUCUCGGUCAACACACCUUCGUCUCCCAUCUGCUUCGCCGCAUCGCUGCCAGCGUCAACGCUCGCAAUACGACGGAGGUUGUCAUUGCACUGCUGCCGGGCAUUCUUUCUCGCUGGAUGACGCUGACACAGCCAUCGAUGAGCGGUGAUGCAAGCUGCCGCACACCGCUCAAGGCCACGCCCUUCUGCUCCCUGCCGGUGGGGGUGCUCGACCCCUCUGUCGUGCGAAGUCGUGACACUUGGCGCCGUACACGCAAUGCAGCGGCCUCGCUGUCGCCGUCCGCUCAGGCAAACCUGGAGCGCUUUGUGACGCGGCACUGGCAGGUGUUUGUUGGUGUCAUCAUUGGCGCUGCUCCGCUGCUCUCCAUCGACUCCUGGCUCGCAGCCGUCUGUACCGUCAUCCGAAAGCGGCCAUCUGUGGCUGUGCGCGGAAGUUUUGCGCUGUGUCGUGCAUACAUUGCGGCGUUUUCAGUGUCGCCCGUGCGGGACCGCCUGCGAAAGCUCUCAGACUUGGCAACGAGCCCCAAAGGCAACAGCCACAACGAUGAUGACGAUGACGAUGACGAUGUGGAUGGCGGUGUUAGUAAUGGAGGGCUUGACGCUGCAGAGGUACAGCAGCGGUUCACUGGUCAGACGUUCCGCGCCCUAUUUGCGCUCGCCCUGCCGCUUCCCUUUUCCAGCGAUGACGGCAGCGGCUCCAGCGCCAUCACCCCAGAGGCGCCGCUGCUCACCUGCAAGAAGUGCCACGUCGCACUUGUUGAAUGCGUCGCAGCUGGCCAGGGCACCACCGCCCGCCGUUCACUGGGAUCGCUGCUCACCAAGGAGCAGGACAGCGUGUAUGAUGCCAUUGUCGACCUGUGGGAUGCCCUGUGCCGCACGCAACACCCGGACAUGCAAGCCCUGCAUAUGCGCAAGCUCAAGUUUCUUGUGUGCGACAUUCUGGAGUCGCAGCGUGUGCUUGGGUGCCGCUCGCGUGGCAGCUCGUCAUCCUCCAUCUACACGGCACCCGUGCUGCAAGCAGUGCUCGAGCUGUGUGUGCUGGCACUGUCCUCAGACGACGCGAACGCACACACAGAAACGGCGACCAUGGUGACAACCACCACACCCACCGCCACAGUUUCAGCCACAGCCCCUCGUUGUGUCGCGUCCAACCGUGCAGCAGCAUGCACGGCGAUGCAGCUGCUGAUACAGCUGUUUGAGAUGGCUGAUUCCGCCUCAAAGUUCGCCCUACAGGCGUUGACGGCGGCAGUGCCCAGGAUCAUGCACCAUGUGGCGCGACUCGCAACAACCACACCCGACACCAUCGCCAUGCAGAGCCGUGGCGGUGAAGACAGCUGUCACGCUGGUGGAGUGUAUGCGGGUGCCGAGGAGCAGGAGUGGGUGGCGCGCGUGGCCAAGGCGUCGCUUGUGCAGGAGGCGGUGAUGUGGAAGAGGGGACCAUCUGCAAGGACAAGUGCAGCUUGCGGCGAUGCAGAUGAAGGUGAAGAUGAUGGCGAUGGUGACGAUCGUGGUCGUGAUAGUCAUGGUGAUGGUGUUGCCAGUGGCGUUACUUGUGAUGAACCGCACGCAGUUGCCGCUCGCGUCCGGCGAUUGGCACGCAUGACGCUGCGCGCCAUAUUUUCGGCUGAAAACGUGCUGGCCGUGUUGGCGGAGACACGGCCCGCGCUGCCCCGCAUCAUCUCAACACACGAGCUCACCGGCGAAGCUGCCGCAGCGGGUGACAUAUCGCUUGCAGCAGCAGCAGUACCAUCAUCAUCAACAACAACAACAACAACAACAUCAUCAUCAGUGUCACCCCCGUUUUCGCUGCGGUCGCUGCCAGCUGAUGUGCGCUCGAACGUGAAGCAGGUCAUGUCGUUACCAGAGAAUGCAGAUGUUGCGCUGGAGCAGCUUGUGUCGCUCGCCCGCAGUGUUCCGGGCGCUGUUCAAGUGGACACCCUGCGACACCUGCACACGCUGCUGGCCUCGUGGGUUGCCGAAAACAACAACCCCAGCGGCGGCGACAGGGAGAAGUCGCAACUCAGCCUGAGCCGCCUGCUGCCCGUGCUGUCCCCGUUGUUGGGGCAGAGCACCACCGUUGCCGUGCACGCGGCGCGGUGCAUUGGCGAGGUGGGGCUUGGCUGGGCGUACGCGCCCGCAGAGGCGGAGGCGGGGCGGACCAGUGAACACAUGUACAGCUCGCAGGAGAGCGAGCGCCUCAUCAGCAUCAUCGAGCAGCUGCUACGGUUGAUGGUUGCUGGGAAAGAUUCGCGUGUUGUGCUGGCUGCAUUGCGGGCGUUGAGGGAAUAUCGCGUCUUGGAGGAAAGCGGUGUCCGACUCGGCAAGGUGCUGAAACCUGUUCGAACCAUCCUUGGCAGCAAGCACCGCUUUCACCUGCCCAGCAUCAGUGACGCUGUACCUCCCACCGACGGCUUCGCUCGCAACGCGCACACCUCCAGCAGCAACAGCAGCAGUGUGCACAGCAUUUCUUUGGAGGACGCUUCCCAGCAGCCACACGCACGCGGUGGCGAUGUGCGGUUUGAUUUUGAGGCCGUGUGGAGCCCCGCUGGGCUGGCAUACGCGACGUGGCUGACGCGACUUGUGUGCACGCUCAUCAGGGAAUCGGCAGCCAUGGACGACGUGUUUGAAGCACAGUACCUGCCGCUGCUGGCCGUGUGCCGGUACAGCCUGGAGUUUAGCGAGUUUAUUCUGCCGUACGUGGUGCUUGGUCUUGUGAUGAAUGACCCACAGCUGGAGCACAGCCGCAGCAUCAGCCGCAACCUCAACCGCCACUUUGCGUCUGUGACCGCGCAGGCGAGCGCGGACGUGCGGCGAGCAACACAGACGCUGCUCUCGCUCGUCAACACCAUGCGGCGAAUCGAGUACGAGCCGUCUGCCAGUCGUGGGGAGGCCGGGCGACGCGGGCAGUCGCUCACGCACUGGGACAGCCUCAAGUGGCUGCGAGACCUUGACUACCUGGAGGUGGCACACGCUGCGCAUGUGUGCGGGUCCAAGUACUCUGCAGUGCUCUUCUGCGAGAUUGCAGCAGAACGUAUGGCAGAUGCACGCGAGCGUGAGCAGCAGCAGCAGCCACCGCAUGGAAAAGGAAAGGGUGCCAAGCACCACCAGCAACACCAGCAACACCAGCAGAAACAGCAAGAAGAACAAGGGCGGCUGAUGCGCGGGCUGUCUCGCAUGAUGCCGGCCGCCGCAAGCAGCAGUCGUGGCAACGGCAACGACAACCCCGACAACAACGGCAGCAACGACAACAGCGACAACAACGGCAGCACAGAUGGUGCUGCUGGCGACGUGCAUGUGCAGUGGCGGCGGUUGCGGUCAAUCAUGUCGACGUCCUUGCAGCAGUUGCACGAGCCAGAUGGGCUGUAUGCGUUCCUGGACCCGCUCGACAUGCGGCAGCACAUGUUGCUGUAUCACCACGAGCAGGAGUACGGGAAGCUGUUGGCACACGAGGAUAUUCUGCAGGUUGGCGGCGAUGCAAGGGAGAGCAGCGCGGCCCGUGCGCGACUGCUGACUAGUGCGCACCACUGGGGGCUCGCCUCCAUCCCGAGCCUGCUGUGUCGCACCGGCAGUCGCGAGCAGACGCCAGCAGAGGCAGCGUACAUGUAUGAGUCGGCGUGGCGGCUUGGCCAGUGGGACACCCUCGCCCCCACGCAAGCAGAGACAACGAGCAUCCACAAGCACCUGUUCAUGGGUCUGCGGGCGCUGCGCUCGGGUGCGGUUGACGCGUUGGCGUCGAACGUGGCCGACGGCAGCAGCACAACGAUGGCACAGCUCCUAUCCUGUGGGCUUGAGGACGUGCAGGGCAUCGACGAAGAGCUGUUGUCGCUGCAGAUGCUCACGGAGAUGCAGGAGGCUGCUGACGUGCUCAGGUGCCUGCACACCAACGACGUGCACGUGGGCACGCGUCUGAGUGCCAUGGCGGAGCGCUGGGACCACCGCCUGGCCCAGAUGCCACAGCGGUUUGAAGGGCGUGAGGAAGCGACAUCGCUUCGCCUCUCCCUGCUGGAGUUGCUGCUGGAUACGGUGCAGUCGAAGACCGACGCAUCAGCAGCAGCAACAACAACAACAACAACAACAACAACAACAACAACAACAGCUGCUGCUGCUGCUGCCACAAGGAAACAGUCCUCACCACACCCGCGCCUGCAGUUGGAUGGUGAUGACUCGGCAGACAUGAUGAUGACGAUGGCGAUGAUGACGCAGCGUGGUGAGCCGACGCCGCUGCUUCAGGAUGUGCGCACGGCACUUGAGCGGCAGUUCCAGCGCUGUGCGGUGGACACGCUUGCGCUGUGCCGCCGCUUUGACAAGUACCACCACGCCAUUGGGCUGGCACGCCGCUUGCAGCGGCGGAGUGCACACGCGCACACCAUCCCUGCUGACCUGUGGUUGAUUGAGACGGCGAAGACGCUGUGGAUGCGCCAGGACUCGGAGCUCGCCGUGCAGACCAUCAAGGCCAUUCGCGAGAAGCGCAGCCUGUCCGAGGCGUCGCGGCUGCUGGGGAAAUGGACGGGCGACUUGCGCUCAGAAACGCCGACCACCGUCAUCAACUACUUUGAGGAAGCGAUACAGAUUGCGGAGACGGAAGACCACGUUGGCGGCACGUCUGAACAGUACCGGCAGGCACAGCAGAGGCACAGGGACAAACAGAAGGCAGAGUGCUGGCUUGCGCUUGCGCAGUACACAGACGGGCAGUACCAGCUGCUGACGGAGAAGAUGGAGUCGAGCGAUCACACGCGGCACCUGGAGAUUAUCCGCAAGAACGAUGCGGAGGUGACCAUGCACAAGCAGUCACACAACACAGGCAACCGCUCAAGAAACAAGCGCGUCAUGCUGCUGAAGCGGCGGUUGAAAGGCGACAAGGAGGCCCUGAUUGCCAUGCAGACCCGCCAGCAGGAAUACCUACAGCUGGCGCUGCGCAAUUACAUGCUGGCAGCACGCGAGACGCAGAGCGCCUAUCGCGACAUCAUCUUCCGCGUGUGUGCGUUGUGGUUCCAAAACUCGUCGCUGGAGCCCGUGCAGUCCAUCAUUGCAGAGGGCGCCGCCGACCUGCCCACGUACCUAUGGCUGCCCCUCAUCUACCAGCUCGCUGCCAGGAUUGACAAGACGCAUCCGCCGAGCAGUUUCCACAAGACGUUGGGUGACCUGGUGAAGCGUGUGGCGGUGAACCACCCGCACCACGUGCUCUUCGUUCUCAUUGCGCUGGCCAAUGGCGAUCAGGACGGGAUCCGCACGCUCACAUCCGCUGCCGUCGAGAAAACAACGAAGAUGGAGGCUGCUGAUACACUGCUGCACGAAAUUGAAAUGAUGAAGGGCGAGUCUUCAUAUGGUCGGGGCAGGAAGAUGGCCCCGCUGCUGAACCAGAUGCGAACGGUGUGCUCGGGAUACACUGAGCUGGCCAUGAUGCCCAUUGCCAGAGAGUACCAGCGCAACCCGGAGCAGUACAGGAAGAAAUUUUCGCUCGCCACCCUGAAGCAUGUGGAGAAGGUUGCUGUGCUGACAAAGGAGGUGCCGGUUGACCCGACGGGCACGUACAACGACGAGGCGGUGGUGCGCAUCGUCAAGUGGGAAGACCAGUUUUCGUUUGCAGGCGGCGUGAAUCUGCCGCGCAUUUUGAAUUGCAUCGGUACGGACGGAAAGAUCUACAAAGAAGUGAUCAAAGGGAACGACGACUCGCGGCAAGAUGCCGUCAUGCAGCAGGUGUUUGGGGCAAUGAACCAGUGGCUAAAGAGCGAUCCAGAGUGUCAACGCCGCUCCAUGCACAUCCGCACAUACAAGAUUGUGCCGUUGUCCAGCAAGGUUGGAGUGCUGGAGUGGUGCGUGAACACGGUACCGCUUGGCAUGUGGCUGGUGAAGAGGGAAGGGAGCAGCAAACCGGCGCACGAGCGCUAUCGUCCGCAAGAUCGCCCGUCACACCAAUGCCGCACAGCCAUGCGAAAGUCGAAGGUGGAUAAGGCGCGGCAGCUGCAGACAUACCGGGACAUCUGCGCCCAGUUCAAGCCCGUUAUGCGGCGGUUCUUCACGGAGAAGUUCCAGGAUCCGGGCGAUUGGUUCGAGCGGCGGUUGGCGUACACCCGCAGCGUCGCCACCAACAGCAUGGUCGGAUAUGUCAUCGGCCUCGGCGACAGACAUCCAAACAACAUCCUCAUUGACACCAAGACCGCUGAGCUCGUCAACAUUGACCUGGGCGUUGCCUUUGAGCAGGGCACGACGCUGCCGACGCCCGAGACGAUUCCGUUCCGCCUCACGCGGGACAUCAUCGAUGGGAUGGGCAUCUCCGGUGUUGACGGCACGUUCAGGCGCUGCUGCGAGAAGGCGCUCACAGUUCUUCGUAAAUCAGCGUCACCACUGGGUACCAUCCUGGAAGUGUUUGUGCACGAUCCCCUGUCGACGUGGAAGCUGACGCGCGACAAAGCCAAUGCUCUGCAGCGCCCGGAGGACACCACACUGGAGACGAGCACGGCGAUGGACCCCGACUCGCCAACGGAAUCUGUGGAGGAAAACGAGGCGCAGAAAGUGUUGAUUAAGGUGCGGCAAAAGCUGUCUGGGUUCCAUGAUGGGGUGCAGCUAUCGGUUCAAGGUCAUGUCGGCGCUCUGAUCCAGGAGGCGACGGACAUUCAUCGUCUCGCACACUUGUUCGAGGGAUGGCAGGCGUGGGUGUAA